UUUUUUAGUGGGGUAGAAUUUUUAAGACAAAAGAAGACACAGAGAAUAAUGGAAGUGAGCUAUCGAUCAAUAUGGAAAAAAGGGGUCGGGUGGCCUGAGGAUAAAGAAAUUGGAACAUCCACAAUCAGAUAAAAAGAAAGUUCUUCCCUUCUGCACUGCACUGUGGACUAUUUCUAGGGUUUCUGAUUUCCAUAUUUGUAUUCUAUCAUCCUCCUAUACCCUUGUGUUGUGUCCUUUGUUGCUCUUUUUGGGUAAUUCAUGUCUAUGGGUGGCGUCUCUGGGUUCUAUUUUUAGAAACCUAAUUUAACAUCUUUUUUGGGGGCUUUCUUUUAUGAAUCCUCCUGGGAUUUCAUCUGCUAAUUGUUGCGAUUUUCUAAACUAAACCUCUCCUGGGUUUGCUUGGUUGUCACAGGUCCUUCACAAAUUUUUACAUUUUUCUCUACUAGCUAGUGUUCGAGCACUUCAAAUCUUCGAGGGAGUUUCCAGGCUAGGACAUGGUGAGAGGGAAGAUUGAGAUGAAAAGAAUUGAAAAUGCCACAAGCCGGCAAGUGACCUUCUCCAAACGUCGAAAUGGGUUGUUGAAGAAAGCCUUUGAGCUUUCAGUUCUUUGCGAUGCUCAAGUUUCCGUCAUCAUCUUCUCUCAGAAAGGCAGGCUAUAUGAGUUCUCCAGCUCUGACAUGCAAGAUACUAUAAAACGAUACCACAAACAUGCAAAGGCUGGGCAAACCAACAAGAUUGAAGUGGAAGAAUAUGUGGAGCAAUUGAAGCAUGAAUCGACUGCCAUGGCCAAGAAGAUAGAGAACCUAGAAGCUUCUCAACGGAAGCUUUUGGGACAUGGCUUGGACUCUUGCUCUGUCGAGGAGCUCCAAGAGAUCACUGGCCAGCUGGAGCGAAGUGUACGCAACAUAAGAGAGAGAAAGGCUCAUUUAUUUGCGGAGCAGAUGGAACAAUUAAGGGCAAAGGAGAGGCUCCUCUUAGAAGAGAAUGCAAAGUUAAGUGAAGAGUUUGGUGCACAGCCGAGGCUGCAGCAGCUUUCAGUUGAAGAAAAAGGAGCUGUGAGCUACUGGAGUCAAAGUAGCCUGAGUUCUGAGGUGGAGACUGAAUUGUUCAUCGGACCGCCGAUAACGCGCUGUUGAGAGAUCACAGCCGCCCAAUCGUCUUCUAAGUCAACAUCAGAUAUAAUAAUAUUAAUGCUCGUCAAUAAUCUCUAGACAAUGCCAUCAAAAAUACAAAUAAACAAGAAAAUAAUGUAAUAUGGAUCACGUAUCUUUGUUAGGACGUGCUCUCAAAUAAUAAGGUCAAACAA